AGUAAACCUCUGUGCUCUACAAAAGCAGUGACGACUAGCUGAUGAAUCAACAGGCAGGGGCUGCUCUAAGAAGAUCAGGUUGCAGUUUUGCCCUUGCAGUUUUACACCACGCCCCCACGUAUUAUCUUAAAUGUGAAUUAGUAGGGGAGGAUCACAUUCAGCAUUGAUUCAGGAAUUCUUUCUGAGUUCAAGAACUGUUUCUAGGAGUUUGGAAGGAUGAAAGGAAGAAAGAGGGGAUGUUUCUUUCCUUUAACCUUUAUCCUGCUGUUUGGCUGUAUCACUGGGCAUGCAGCUGAUGACUCUGAUGAUGGGAAAGAAGAGGACAUUCUGGGUAUUCCUUUACCACCACUGAAACUGGGGCAUUCAGUCUGUGCCCUGAAAGCAGAUGAAGGUCCAUGCAAAGCAAUCCACAUGCGUUUUUACUUCAACAUUCAAAGCCGUGAGUGUGAAAUAUUUGAAUAUGGUGGAUGCCACGGCAAUGCAAACAACUUUCUAACGCUGGAAGAAUGUCAGAACAAAUGUGUGAUAACAGAAUUGCCUCUGGAGGUGAUGCUAGCAAAAAUUAAGGAAGAAAAGCCCAACUUCUGUUAUCAUGAGAAAGACCCUGGAAUCUGCCGAGGCUAUUUUUCCAGGUAUUUCUAUAACAAAGAGACAAAAAUAUGUGAAAUAUUCAAGUAUGGUGGGUGCCUAGGAAACCAGAACAACUUUAAGAGUUUGGAAGAAUGCCAGACUACCUGCCAAGGCAACUCAAACUUACUGUCAAUUGUUCCAGAUGAAGAACAUCCUAACCAUAUGAACAGUAGCUCCCCAGAGGAAGAACACAAUCAGUUUCCUGGAAUUUUUGUAAAUUUGUUGCCAACUGCUCCAAAUGAGGAGAAGCCCUAUAGUGUGAACAGUAGUUACCCAGAGGAAGAGCGCAAGCAGUUUCCCAGUUCUUUUGUUAUGCAAGAGGAAACAAGAAACACUUGGGAAAAGACUGAACAUUCUUACCAAGUAUUCCUGUUCGUUCUUUUUUUGCAUUUACUCUUACCUGUACUUUUGGGUAUUGAAUGAUGGUUUACAGAUUGAUCAAUGCUUUUGUGUAUUAUAAAUUCUCUAAGAUAACAGGCAUGUCGGAUAACAUGCCUGUGCUCUUUGAUAGAAUCAUGUCUAAUAAAGUUUAAAUGUAUGUUAUAUUCUAUUUUUUUUUGCUUUUACUAUGAUACAUGUAUGGUUGGUUUGAGGUAAGUUUCUGAGAUAGCUGGAUUUUUUACCGCACACAAAACAUUGAUGCACUCUGUUAUUAAAAUGGCUGAAUAUAAACCAAUAACCCUCUUGGCAGCUUAUUUUACUGAAAAAUAUUUGCAUAUUUUAAGGCCUGGUAAUAAAUCUACUGAUAUAGGAGUGUACCUGCUCUCAGAAGAUUUUUACUCAUAAUAUGAACCCCCAGAUCCACAAAGCAAUUAACCUGUAAAAGCAAAGAGGCAUUAUUCACUGUAUUUUCUCCAAGAAAACUGGGGAAAAAAAAUAAAAGAAAAAGAAAAGGUUCUUGGUUAUGUUAGCAGUGGUGAUUUUUGAGGUAGAGCAGAUUUGGGGAGGGUAAGAGACUGGGAGGUUAGAGGAAGAAAGGCUGGAGUAACAAGGGUAGGUGGAGUCAGUGCUGCUGGGUGGAUCAGGUGAGAAAUGUGAAAUUGGAAGGACGGAUGAAUUUCAAUGGAAAGUCUGAAGACCUCACUUUCUUCUCUACUACAUAACCUUUGUCUGUCUUGCACUAGGCUGCAACUGAAGUUGUAAAGUAGAGCUGUCUCACAAAUAUGCACUGUGACUUUCCAUAGCCCUCCAUGCAGGAAGAGAGUGUAGUUGUACACACAUGAGGUCAGAAUGGACUGCUUAGGAUGGAGUGGCUGAUUCCUGUCUUUUCAAGCACAGAUGAAGUAGUUGAUCUGCUACCAUAACAUUUUGUGUUUUUAUAGGUGUGGAUAUGUAUCUUCUUUUUUUAAAAUACACAACUACCAUUAAAAAAAAAUUCCAAGGACUUGUCCCUUUUUGAACACCUUACCGUACAACUGAAAUGCUUUUUCUGUUGAUUUCAAAAAACAUAACCAAAAAAGCAUAUUAUUGAUGGUAUGUAUAACUAUCACAAUAUCAAAUUAAUAGAUUUCCAGCAAAAAUCUUCGUCUUCAGAAGAUUAGGUUCUUCCAAGGCCAAGAGAAACUAACAUUUUGGCAUGUAAACAUAAGACUAGUGCUCUCUCUCAGCAAUUAACUUUCUUGCAGAGAGUCAAUGUAUUUCUGAUGCAAUCUAAAACAAAUUCUAGGGAAGUGAAAGAGAAGGCAAGAAUCAAGACUCUUAUUCUAGAUUAAGUGAAGUGAUCUGUGGUGUGAAAUUGAGUGCUAUACACUACAUUCAGCUUGUGAAAUAAGUGGGAUGUAAGAUCAAAUGUCAGCUUUCCACUCAGUAAGUAUGAAAUGGCAGACAGAAGCAGCUCCUGCUAUUAUUUCUUAAAGUCAGGGCCAUAUCUUUUGCUAAUAUAAAUUGACACAGCUCUAUUUGUUUUAAUGGUUCUGCACCAAUUUAUGCCUAUAGAGUACUGUCAAGUGGAGAUGACUCAUUAUUGUUUGUAACAAUUUGUGUACUUGAAGAGACCUUUAUUAUCCCUCUACUGUAACUGGAAUGAGAAACUGAAGUCUGAAUAUUUAAAAAAUCUGUCAGUAAGUCUGAAGUUUCAUGUAUGCCAUAGUCCCGUGUUUAGAAAAAGAGCAUAGAGUAAGUCCUAUUUUCAUCUAGCUCAUGAAGAUCAUUUCAAACUUCUUUCAUAUUAUAAUUAAUUAACAGUUCCUUGUCACACAUUUCAACGCCAGCUAAGCAUGAGAAAAAAAUGCUUUUUGUUGCAAAGUAAGUUUGAGAUUAUUUUGUAUAAAUAUGAGUCCAUAUCUAUAUGAAAAUGUUCCAUAAAUUCCCAAGUGUGACCAUGUCACUUGUUUACAUCAGAGGUAGGCUGUCUGGGAUUCAAGGAAAAGCUUUAUUUUAAGAAUUGUAUUUUAAACCAUGAACUUGAAAAGAUUUCUAAGUAGCAACUUCUAGGAAGCUAUUGCAUGUCAUUUUCCUAUAUGAAUUCUAAGUUCUUUUUUGCCAUGCCCAUUCAUGACCUGACUUUUAUCACAUAUUUUUGGCAAAUAAUAUGCAUAGCAGUUCCAAGGUUAUGAGCUUGGUAUUGGGUAUUUAAAACCCGUUUAAAUGAGAUAUUUUGGAUAAACAGAAUAGCAUGAGCACAAGCAUGAAGCCAAUCUUAAGACCUUGUAGAUGUUAAUGCAAAUAUUGGUUUGAUUUUGUAUAAAAUGAAUCAAAUGCCAUGGGAUCAGCCAUGUGGUUUCAUGUGUAAUGAAGUUAGAAUGCAUUUCAUGACAUUUGUUAAUUUGUGGGUUCAUAUGAUCCAAAAGAUGCUGACAUGUGUUGAUGUAUGAAAUCUAAUGAAUAAUACUAAAUGUACUGUAAAGAUGGUAUUGGUAAAGUGCAAUCUAAAUUGAGAGCAACGUAAACUUAAAAAACAUUUAUAUCUGAACUAAUCUCUCAGUGAAGUUGGCAUCUGUAAUUAAUUCAUAGAAAUUUAAUAAUUACAUUAGGGGAAAAUAAUUCUGGUAACAGGAUAUGUGUUGGCAUUGUUUGUUUGUUUUUACUGUUUUUAAUGUAUACCCCUUAGUCUCUUUGCAGCUUUGUAGUUUGUGGGAUUUGCUUCUUUCUUUCCCUCAUAGAAAAGCUAGGAGAUAAAAAUCAUUUCAGCCCUUCUCAGGAUUUUUCUAUAUGGCAAAACUGAGAGGUUUUCUUCAUGAUUAGGUUGCUCCUGUCAGUGUGAAGAAUAUGCAGAUAUUUUCAAUAAUGUUUUAGCAUCUUGGGCAUUUUUCUAGUGAUCUAGAAGAUGAUAUCAUUUUUAGGAACAGUACAAAUUUAGAAACAGAAAAAAAACCAAACCCAUAAUCUUUAGAAACAGGGAUUCUGAAAAGCAUUUGGAUGUCACUCUGCCAGUUGUUUUAUGCAUUCUGUAAAUAGUCCUUAUUUAUCAGUUACUAAAGUCCCAAAAUCUUAUAAUUGUUGAGAACACCUGCAUGAGAGGACUUGGGAAUCUCUCUAGACAAGGAUUUUAUAUUACAAGUAUAUAUUUAAAUUCUAUUUUAAUUAACAAAACUAUUUAAUUUACUCCAUCACUGGCAAGUGUUUUCAUUCCUAUAAAAUAUGUAAGCAUGUUUUGUUGUGUUUUUUUUUUUUUUUUAACGUUGCUAAACAUUUGUUUUGAAUGUUAGUUUCCCUUCCAGCUACAGUGACAUUACUUCUAGGCACAGGAGUUCCCAGAGAGCCAGUACCAAAACCAGCAAUAGUCAAUAUAUCUACCAUCAUCAUUAUAAAUAGGACAGUAGAUUUAAUAUCCAUUGUGGACAAUUAUUCUAGAUCAAAAAUGAACUUCACAUACUCUUACAAUAAUGUCACAGGUAUUACAGGGAAAUUAAUUAGUGCUUAUUUCAUAACUUGAAACUAGUUUUAUCUGUCUUGAAAUACCAUUUCAUGACUCAGUUUUUGCAUUUGCAACGUUUUUCUUUAAUAGUACACUAUUGCUAAUAUGGCUUCAAAUAUAUUAAUAGUCUAAUUUGCCUGCCUUCCAUAAAUUACCAUCUUAUUUCUUUUUUUUUUUUUACAAUUUUUCAUGGUUUUUUUUUACCAUGCCAGUUCAACUAUUAUACUUAGCACACAAGCCUUUUUCAUCAGAUAAAUAUAAAGACAAAUAUAAACUGUAGCAUGUUCUUUUUUGUUUUUUUCUUUUCAGCCUCCUGAAUUGCUCAAGUUAAUUCAUAACUUCUUGCUUUCAGUAACUCACCUGCUUCCCACUUUUCUGAAAAACAAGUUGCCUUCAGCUCUGCUGUAACCCAAGUUAUUCCCUAAAAUUUUAACUUGGUCUCCUCUGAAGAACUUUGGCUGGCUACAUGGCUUUCUAACUUUAAUAAAGUGAUCUUACUAACUUCACUUGUCCAUUUAUGCAGUCAGAUCUCAUUUAUCUCAACUCUGCUACUACUUUAAGGAAAACGACACUCCUUUGGGUUCCUCGUAACUCAUGAUACAACAGCUCCCAUUCACCUUUUUGUUUUCUGUACGGCAACCAUAUGUCAGUUGUGCUUUUGCUUAUGAGUCACUCCAGGCUGAUAGAUAUCAAUUUCUCCAGGUUUGGGAAUUCUGGCAUAGGUGAGUUGCUUGAAUUUGUCCCAGUGCCCAGGUACUUCAGAUAACUCAGGUUCAUCUUCUGGUGUUUCAGUUCUCACACUCUCACUUGCAGCAGCACUGAAGAAACAAAACGUCAGCCUUCCGUGAAUGGUAAAAACCUAACAGCAACACUAAAAUCACCAGCACUGCAGUUGUUUUGAGCACUUAAAUCUUUACCAUCAAUCCUUUGUUUUUCUGCAACUUAUAAGCUUUUUCUUGAUAAUUGCUUAGUGUUCUCCAGUAGACCACGUUUUAUUACUUAGGUCAAGCUUUCUAUAUUCAUACAAAAAAAAAAAAAAA